UCACUCCAACUUCCCCUAUGUUUCGGUUAAAUUCAAAUAUUUUAACUUCUCUUACUCAAUGUCAACAACUCGCAGUUUCGUCAAUUAGAGGAAUUGCACGUAUUCCUCAUUGGGAAUACCACAUUCGAUUUGACCCCAAAGUGGGAAGGAAACGACCAGCACAGGAUGUUCUCGAUCGUUUCAAGCGUUUAAAUAAUGGUAUGUGGAUUAGAGCUAGAGCUGGACGUAAUCAUGCAAAUUAUAUGAAAGAGGAUUUAAACCAAAUGGUUGCAAUGCAAUGGGAGACGUGCACCAAAUCUGAGUGUCAUAUGCUUGAUAAGAUGAUGACUCCCUUCUGGCUUCGACAACGCCACUAUGUCAACGACGACCUCGAACCUUUUCAUACCCGUUAUGGAAUUACUGGCCCCCGUGUUAACUGCAAGAAAAAAUUGACUCGGGAACGUCCCAAAAUUUUGUUGGAUGAUUUGACUUCUGAUCGUUUCUUUGAUAGAUUGCCUGCUUCAAUGACAAAAUCAAAAUUGGCGAUAGAUGCACAAAAGUCUGAUUUGCCAAAAUUGUUGAGGGAUGUAACUAGGAAGAGUUUGCGCCUUUUGACUGAUGGAAAUAAAUAAAUU